UCAUUCUGCCCUCUUACAUAGUGGGACUCAGCAAUGGCUCCUAGAAAAAGGCAAGCACAGAACAGUCCAAUGCACAGAUAUAACAUCAUGUUCUGGCAGUCAGAGCCAUCCAAUCCCUGUGAGAAGCAAGGACACAGAAGAAGGGAUGAGAGGCUUGCUCCAGGCUUCCUGCAGGCACCUUGUCUCCGAUGUGCCCCCUAGUGGCCAGUUGGUGUCUAAUCUCCUGCUAAUGUAAUCAGUGGUGUGUAUAGUGUGCCUUCAGUCCUCUCUGUGCUCUGGGGCUCAGCGCUGCUGCUGCUUACAACUGCUGUCACAUCACCUGCCUUCCUGGAAAGACAACCAUCCAGUCUUUGUACAUGGCUCUUCUCUCUUGUGGAUUACUCAUGUGAGGCUGCAUUUUUGGAAGCUUGUACUUGUGAGAAGCUUUUCAACUGAUGUGCAUUGCAAGGCUGUAACGAUGUGAGAUUAUUCAGAGUAUGGAGCUUACUACAGGUUCCUGAGAUCAGGUUGGGCCUUAACACAUGGCCAUAUGACCUGAUUUGCAAUGCCAGGUACAACAGUGACUAAGGAGUGGGAAUGCAGAAGACCCUUGCCCACCAGUAAAAGGUUGGUGAGUUUCGGGCUAGCCAUGUGUAAGAAGAGGAAAGAGGUAUUAGAAUACUCUGGCGUCAAGGCUUCUGCACAUAAUGAAUCUUUUCUUGGGAAAAUAGUGCACAAGUUCAAGAUGAGCACCAACUAACACCUGAAAAUUCUUUGACAUUCUCCAUGAGAAAGAUGAAUUUUACAAAUUGCACAGCAGAAACAAUUACAAAUAAAUCUAAAACCGUCACGGAAAAAAUGCUAAUUUCCUUGACAUUGGCUGUAAUAACUACUCUGACCACAUUAUUAAAUUCGGCUGUGAUUAUUGCCAUUUGCACAACCAAGAAACUACACCAACCUGCCAACUAUUUAAUAUGUUCACUAGCUGUUACUGAUUUAUUGGUUGCCAUUUUGGUAAUGCCUUUAAGUAUUGCCUACAUUGUUAUGGAUACCUGGACUCUUGGUUAUGUAAUCUGUGAGAUAUGGCUUAGUGUGGAUAUGACCUGCUGCACUUGUUCGAUCCUUCAUUUAUGCGUGAUUGCUCUUGAUCGAUACUGGGCCAUAACCGAUGCAAUUGAAUAUGCCAGGAAACGUACAGUUAAGCGGGCUGCUGUAAUGAUCUUAACAGUAUGGACCAUUUCAAUUUUCAUUUCUAUCCCACCUCUAUUCUGGAGAAACCAUCACAAUAUAAGUACCCCCAGCAGGUGUAUCAUUCAGCAUGAUCAUGUGAUCUAUACAAUAUACUCCACAUUUGGGGCAUUUUAUAUCCCUUUGACAUUAAUACUUAUUUUGUACUAUAGAAUAUACCAUGCUGCAAAAAGCCUUUACCAAAAAAGAGGAUCAAGCCGCCAUUUAAGCAACAGAAGCAAUGACAGCCAAAACUCGUUUGCCCAUUGCAAGCUCACACAGACGUUCUGUGUGUCAGAAUUUUCCACAUCGGAUCCUACCAUAGAAUUUGAGAAGAUGACUGCAUGCGUGAGGACUCUGCCAUAUGACAACGACACUGACCCGACAGAGGACCGACAGCAGCAGAUCUCUAGCUCAAGAGAAAGGAAAGCAGCUCGUAUCCUGGGACUUAUUUUGGGAGCUUUUAUGUUGAGUUGGUUGCCAUUUUUCAUCAAAGAGCUUGUUGUUGGGCUUAGUCUUUGCACUGUAUCACCAGAAGUGGCUGAUUUUCUGACUUGGUUAGGGUAUGUGAAUUCGCUAAUCAAUCCCCUUCUUUACACUAGCUUCAAUGAUGAUUUUAAGAUAGCCUUUAAAAAACUUAUUAGAUGCAAAGAGCAUUCAUAAAUUACCCAGGCAGGGCAUCUGACUGUCUUAUAGGCCUUAAAGGUGAGAAAAUACCACAUAAAAGAUAAAAGAUUGUCUUUUGAAUCAUGUCAGGUUAGGACUAUGUUUUUCAAAUAUCUUGGCUUGGUGUCUUUUCUUUUACGUCUCGUCAUGUAAUGCCGUCUUCUACCUCUGUUUUUAAAAGAAAAAUCAGACAUCAAUUUUAUAAUAUAUGGUAACAUAUUCCCAGUAGUAAUGUUAAGGGAUUGUUACUAUUACCAAAUUUUAAAGUGUGAUUUACGAAACAUUGUGCUUUUUCCUUUGUAUGAGUGCUGAAUGUCCAUAUGAGCCUAUAAAGCGUUUACAUUUCUGUAUAAACAAA